AAGCUGAAACAACCCUCAGCAUUUAUCGGCCCCAUGAAGCUAUUCAUCUAGGUCGCUAUUUAAGUCACGGAAACGCCAUGCACGCAAAAGUUUUCAUGUGUUUAUAAUCAUCUAAUAAGCCGGACUCUCCAGUCUAGAGGCAAGCCCAAGACAGCGUAUAUUUGGACAUUUAUUGUGCCCGAGAAGUGUACGCCUCAGUACGGUAGCAUAGGUUGUUCGCGUCCAUCUGAUCACUGGCAGCGUUCUGGUCUUGGCAAUGUCCGACAACGCUUCUCAAGGAAGGCACAUUGUCGUCGCCGUGGAUGGCACUAAGCAGAAUGCACGCGGUAUUGAACUCAAGGAAACCACAAACGUGUUUAGAGCUACCCGCUGCAUCGAGAACUCCAAUUCUUCCACGGGUGGAAUUCUCUAUAUUCCAGGUCUAGGUGUUGAGGGCAAUGCCUAUGAAAAUCUAAAGGGGUUGUUUUGGGGGUCUGGAAUCGAUCGGCAGAUCUGCAGAGGCUAUGAAAAAAUAUGUCGAGAAUACCGGUCUUCCGAAGACACUCUAAUACUCAUCGGUUACUCGAGAGGGGCCUUCGCGAUACGAUGUCUGGUAGACCUCAUUACCAAGUUUGGCGUUCUCGUAGACACCUGGAAAGCCGGGAAACUAGGGAAUGAAGUCCCGGACCAUAUUCGUCGUGAAUCAGUAAAUCGUGGUAACAUCAUCUGCAUCCUAUGGGAUACUGUUGGCGCGGUAGGGGACAAACUUCUGCGACUGAUCGAUUCGGGAACCGAGGGCGGCGGCUUCAACUACCACGCCUUGUCCUUGCACGAGAGGCGGAAGAAGUUCCUGCCGACAGUGAUGAGAUUCAGGCAACCGGUGCUGCUGAAAGAUUCUGAGCAGUGCUGGUUUGUCGGCUACCAUGGCGAUGUGGGCGGCGGGAGGAAGAAGAACGCUCUGGCAAACCUUGCCCUUGCGUGGGCGCUGGGUAAACUGAGACAACAUCUGGAGCCGAACUGGGCACCCCUGGAAGGGAUAGAAAACGAGCCAGGAGAUGUUUGGAAGAUAGAAAGACGGACAGGAAGAGGGACUGGAAAACGCUACGCCACCCCAAGGACCUUCGCCCUCGGGAGUCGGACAUUGGACAUUGUAUGGGCAGGACUGGUUCAUAGUGGACGAAGCCGUCGUGACACCAGCGGAAAGGAGAGGCUUGACCCGGUGGUUAGAUAA